UUAACCAAUCAGAGGUUUCGUCGCUCUCUGCCGAUGAUGGCUUUCUUGUUUGCUAUCUAAUCAUACAGCAGUUGAGUUGAACAGGUUAAACUGUCUUUGAAAGAAGCCAGAAGAUCCUCACAUGGCAACUCGUAUCAGACCCAGCAACAAGCGGUGUACGGUCAUCGGUGGAUCCGGCUUCCUCGGCCGACACCUGGUGGAGCGUUUAGUGGACCGUGGAUACGCCGUAGCUGUGUUUGAUAUCAGACAGACCUAUGAACUUCCAGGAGUGAGCUUUCAUCAGGGUGAUCUGUGUGACAAACACGCUUUGUUGGCAGCAUUUAAAGAUGUGUCCAUAGUAUUUCACUGUGCAUCACCUGCACCGGGCAGUGAUAACCGCGCUCUGUUUCAAAGGGUUAAUAUCGACGGCACGCGUACGGUUAUACAGGCCUGUCAUGAAGCAGGUGUACAGAAAUUGAUCUUGACCAGCAGUGCUAGUGUGGUGUUUGAAGGAACUGACAUCAAGAAUGGAAAAGAGGAUUUACCUUAUGCAAAAAAGCCAAUUGAUUAUUAUACAGAGACCAAAAUCCAACAGGAGAAGCUGGUAUUAGAGGCGUGUAAUAAAGAGAAGGGUUUCCUCACAGUUGCUAUCCGUCCUCAUGGUAUCUUUGGUCCCCGUGACCCACAGUUAGUGCCCAUUCUGGUGGACACCGCCCGCAGAGGAAAGAUGAAGUUCAUCAUCGGAGAUGGAUGUAAUCUUGUGGACUUCACCUAUGUGGAGAAUGUAGUUCAUGGGCAUAUUUUAGCAGCUGAACACCUGAAGGUUGAUUCACCUCUCUGUGCUCAGGCUUACCACAUAACCAACGAUGAGCCGGUGCCUUUCUGGGACUUCAUGUCUCAGAUUUUGGUGGGUCUGGGUUACAGCGCCCCACGGUAUCACCUUCCCUACAUGCUGGUCUAUGGAAUAGCACUGCUGCUUUGGCUGAUAUCCUUUAUACUGAGACCCCUGGUCCACUUCAAGCCCACCUUCACACCCAUGAGAGUCGCUCUGGCCGGCACGCAUCAUUACUACAGCUGUGCUCGUGCCAAACGGGACAUGGGUUACCAGCCGGUGGUCUCUUUAAAACAAGCUAUAGCACGCACGGUAGAGAGUUAUCCACACUUACGGAAGGGAGCGUAAUACCAUAGUAAAUAUAAAUACUGAAUCAGCUGGAUUACCAGUGUUUACUGUAAAGGUUAUAUUAACAAUGCUUCUUCAAAUGUGUAGUACUUUAAGAGAAUCUAUGAGUGACAAUAAAGAGUUCAUGCUGUGACAACACUUUAAAUAGAUUGUU